AUGACCUUGGCGGUCGGUACAAUCACAGGUCUAGACCAAGGGCCAAAAGGCAUCCGCAGAGAACGAGAAGCAGAGAUCAUGGACAACGACACCAUCACUGUCAAUGGCGCCCCGAAGAAAAGGAAGAGGGUUCGAAAGGUCAACACGGACCGUAAAUUCGAAUGUACACACGAAGGGUGUGGGAAAAGCUAUUCGCGUGCGGAGCAUCUAUACCGGCAUCAGUUGAACCAUACUCCCAAGCAAAUAUAUCGAUGCGAUUUCCCUGAUUGCUACCGCUCCUUCGUUCGACAAGACCUCUGCAUUCGACACCGUGAACGUCACACCACCCAAGGCUCCCAACUCCAAAAACGCGAUCAUUUUGCGCAAGCUGCUACCAACCAGCCUCAGAGCCCGCACCAUGUACCCCAUGUCAGCCAAGCGACGGUCGUCACGCCGCCAUCCAUACCUACGCAAAUGUCAAGCGCUCAGUCCAACGGGGUUGUUCCAAUAUCUCCUUCGUCAUCGUCAUCUCCCUCUGUCGGCCUGAAUUCCGUAUUUAGCUACCAACAUCACAUACUACCAUCGCAGAAUGAAAACACUUUCCCCCGGUCAAAUAGCUUAAGCACCCAUGGGAAAAGUUCUCCUCCAGUACCGAAGAGUUACAGUCCUCCCGAACUACAAAAUACGUCGUAUGGGACGUUGAGCAACCAUCAGCCGACAAAUACUCCCAUCGGUGAAAUCCAUCAUGACGCACAGUCACAUCCUGGUCAGACAACCACCACACAAUCCCAAGGUGCUGAUGGAGCUUACUCCUCACUGCCGACAGACGCCAACGGGUCGUCUCUGGCUGAUACUGUACCAUUUGCCUCUCAGGCUGGUAUGCAGAUGCCCGUGAAUGGUUACUCGGGUCUUUCUUUAGCCCCGGCAACAGCCUCUACACCGGCGACUCUUGACCAAACAGCCAACAUGGGCGCUUUUGAUACAAUGUCGGGGAUGAUAGCUCCCGGCUCGACAGUUGGGGACCCUGGCUUUGAUUCGUUGGCCAACUGUGUCUACCCGAUCUUUGGAAGCGAAUCAUACAAUAGAUCCCCUUUUGCAAUGGCGGAAGACUUUACGGCAUGGCUUUUUAAUGAACCCAUUCCCGGAUCGUCGUCCAUGAGCUACCCUGCAGCGAGUGGUAUGGUACCGAAUUACAUGGACCCUACGCAACUGCAGAAUCAAUUCUUGUUGGGUGAUCCAGCCUAUGGGACGUUUCUGAGCGGCGUUAUCCCGCCCCAUCAUCCCAUGAGUGUUACCAGCAUUCUGGACCCCGGUUCACCCCGCGCCAUUAUAUCGGAGGAAAAGCGGCAGGAACUUCUUCAUCUCAUGGCGACUCGCUUUAAUGAAGCCGCCUACUCGGUAGUAGCCAAACGCAAAGAUGCUUUAAUGGAUGGUGAUAUGGACGAUGACAACCACGUUUUGAGCUUGCGAAUGAUGCAGACGUACAUUGGAUCGUACUGGUAUCACUUCCACUCUCAGCUGCCCAUCCUGCAUCGGCCCACCUUUUUCGCCGACCAGGCGCCAAACCUGCUUUUACUGAUCGUUAUAGCCAUCGGUGCAUCCACGCUGGACAAGAUUCACGGCCCAGAGUUAACCGAAGCGGCAUCCGAGCUGGCAGACUUUAUUGUGUGGCAUCUUAGGUGGGAGCUCUUCAUGGACGGUGAUUUCCGGCCGCCUGCCAAGCUGUGGGUCUUCCAGGCCCUCCUGCUGCUUGAGGUUUACGAAAAGAUGUACUCUACUCGAGCGUUACAUGAACGAGCACAUAUUCACCACGACACCACUCUGACCCUAAUGCGUCGGGGCAGCUCUUUGAUUGGACGUUCCGCAUUCGACUCACCCGCGAGCUUGAGAGACGACCGGCAGGCCCGGUCGGUGUCCUGUUCGACGACAACACAGGAUUUCUCUGCGGAUGAAUCGUGGACGCACUGGAUCAAAGCGGAGGCCACCCGGAGAGUGGCAUUUGCCGCUUUUGUCCUCGACUCCACUCAUGCCACUAUGUUCGGCCACUCGGCUAAGAUGGUCGCGCAUGAGCUUCGGCUACCCCUGCCCUGCGACGAGGCUUUGUGGUCAGCGACCAGCGCUGCUGAAGUGGCGCGUGUGCAGGCUAGUCUCCAUGCUAACGGAGUGAAGCCAGUCAUGUUUUUGGAUGGCCUCAAACGGACACUUAAUGGGCAACGGGUACGGACCAAUGCCUUCGGGAGAACCAUUCUCAUGGCGGGUCUUCUCAGCGUCAGUUGGCAUAUGAACCAGCGAGAUCUCCAAGUCAGUUCUUUGGGAGUUCCUCAGGCACUUGGCGGUCGAGACAAAUGGCGAGCUGCGCUGCUGCGGGCCUUUGAUAAUUGGCGACGAGAUUUUGACGAAGCGUUGGGACAAGCCGGGACACCACCACCUUUCCCAGGGUACCGGGUUCAGCAUCCACUUGAUGAUGACAACGUCUUCGAAUCCCGCGACGUGCUGCACGGCCUUGCUCACAUGGCGUCGCACGUCGACAUCGUCGACUGUCAAAUCCUCGGCGGGGCCACCCGACUCAUGGGAAGAGCUAUCACUGCCAGAGACUACAAUGCUGCACGUGAGAAGAUGACCGAGCGAUGGGCUACAAAGGCGUCAGCGCGAGACGCGACUUUCUACGCGCUCAAAUUUCUCUCCGAGUGUUUGCUGAGCAGCGAGUCGGAGGAAGGGGAGCUUUACUCAGGACGGGAUGACUAUCUCCUCAACCGGCCAUGGGUGAUCUACGUUGCAGCGUUGGUUGUCUGGUGCUAUGGAUACGCGCUGGAAGGCCCGAUUCGUUCACCACCGAAGCUGGCCACAGUGGCGGAUCAGCGCCGCGACAUGCAAGAGUAUCUCCGACGGGUGGGAGGAGUACGUUCACCCAACGACCUGGAAGCAAUGGAGGGUCGCAACCGGUGCCUGGGGAUGUUGAUGGUUCUGCGAGAUGGAUUUGUUAACACACGAUGGGAGCUGUUGGCGGAAGCGGCUAAUUUGUUGAGCAGUUGUAUUGAGAAGUUGAAGGGCCGAUAA